AUUAAAUAUAUUUUCAUAUAUUUUAUUGUUAUUAUCUUAGUUUCUUCAAUUCUUUUAAUAUUAAAUAAAGCUAUUUCAAUAAUUAAAAAAAAAGAUUAUGAAAAAAGAUCACCAUUUGAAUGUGGUUUUAAUCCAAUUACUAAAGCUAAUUUACCAUUUUCAUUACCUUUUUUCUUAAUUACAAUAAUAUUUUUAAUUUUUGAUGUUGAAAUUAUUUUAUUUACACCAAUUAUUUUAUAUAUAAAAUCUUAUAGAACAAUACUCUCAUUUAUAUUAAUUUCCCUAUUUCUUAUUCUUUUAAUUUUAACACUUAUAUUUGAAUGAAUAAAUAAUUAUUUAAAUUGAAUAUUUUAA